AUGUUUAGAGCCGCUUUUACCGAUCCGGCAAUAAUUAAGAAUGCUGGAGACGUGGUGCUUUAGCCUUACAGGCCUCUUAAAGCGAUGUGCUGUGGAAGACGACUUGGGUACUUCGCGAGCCAACUAGCGUGCGGCACUACUGCGGGAUGUUCGCACUGUUAAACUUUUUGACUGCAAUACUGCAAUAAUGAAUUGACAAGAUGCAGGGAGCGGGGCGGAAGAAAUUGGUCGAGCUUAACCCCCAUCUGACCUGUGUCCUAUGCGGCGGCUACUUCGUUGAUGCGACCACCAUCAUUGAAUGUUUACACUCAUUCUGCAAGACGUGCAUCGUAAGGUACCUUGAAAAGCACAAACUAUGUCCGGUGUGUGACGUUCAAGUGCAUAAGACGCGGCCACUGUUGAAUAUCCGGUCAGACCAGACGCUUCAGGAUAUCGUGUACAAAUUGGUCCCAGGCCUCUUCAGAAAUGAGAUGCGAAGACGACGAGAGUUUUACGCCAGCUUGCCCCCAUCUGAACGCUCGUCUAGGCCGAUAUCAAGCGAGGGAAGAGGAGACGUUCGCAACGUUGAACGGCUCAUCUUCAACCGUGAGGAUUUGAUCAGCGUGUCCCUGGAAUACAGUGCCCGGGAUAUUCUGCCCAUUCGACCAUUGUUGCUGGGGCCUCCUCUACCUGAAAGCCAAGAAAGUCCUCCAGGCAGCCACCGGUACCUCCUUUGUCCUGGUGGAUUUACUGUGGGCCACCUCAAGAAAUUCCUGAGGGCAAAGUUUGGUUUGUCCAAGAACCAUGAGGUGGACGUGAUGUACAUGCAUGACCACCUCCUGGAUGAAUAUGCUCUGAUGGACCUUGCCUACAUUUACUCUUGGCGCAGGAAUGCCCCCAUGCGGUUGCUGUACCGAUUUCCUGUGCUACCACCAUCACUCAUGAGUUCGAGCUCAAAGGCAGAUGAAGCAGUCCCUGUGCCACCAGACGAAGGAAAAAGCAUUUUCAUCGGAUCCACUGCAUCCCAUCAGGCCAAUGACAUGCCACCAGCUGGCUCUGCAUCAAGUAAAAGGGGACAUGGUCCUUCCAGUGGUGCCAGUGUGAAUGCUAAUGCAGUGUGUGCCACCAAUCCUAGCCAUGUGAACCCCGCAAGUGGUAACUGCAGUGACAAAAGCAAUGGUAGUGCUAACCGCUCCAGUACAAUUAACCGUGUCAAUUCUGGUUUUUCCCAGAAUACCACUUCACUCGGUAACAAGGACGCUACUGCUGCUGACAUAGCGGCAGACUCCCAAAAGCCAGUUGGGCCAAUCAGCACGAAUCGUGAAAGCUCUCCUGCAAAGCAACCUGUUGAGACUUCUUCAAACAAGCGUGUAGAAAAUGCUAGGUCUAAACAGGGUGCUGUAAGUUAUGCUGGCAAUGUCGGUGGUUUGUCACCAGCAGGAAGCCCACAGCCACCACGAAACCAACAGCCAUUACAAAGUCAACAAUUGCCACAAAGCCAGCAGCCAUCCCGAAGCCAGCAGCAAUCACAAGGCCAGCAGCCAUCACAACAAUCGCCACAAGUCCAGCAAACUCCACAAAGUCAACAACCACCACAAAACCAACAACAAAGGAGCCCACAAGUUGUUAAACUUCCUGCAAGCAUGGAGUGCACUCCUUGUUUGCCCACGCCUCGUGUUACUGGCAUCAAACCCGGUGUUGAACAGAAAGUGCCGUCCAGCGGGGCAAGUUCCAACCAGCCAGCGGCUUGGAUUGGCCGCACGCCCGGUUCCAGCCCACCAGCUAGUCGUGUGGUGACCAGUGGACAGAGACCUGGAAGCAAGGCUGCUGUGUUUUCGAAGACUACACCACCAUCGCAUCGCAGGAAUGGUCUGUCAACAGCGAAUGGUGUGCACGGCAAUUUGCGACUCAUCCUGCCUGCGCCAGCCAAGGCUAAUGGUCUCACGGACAGUAGGGAGGUGUUGCCAAAGGCCACUAAGGCAAGCAGUCGACCGAGUGACAGCCCAAGCAGCCCAGCCAAGCGGCCACACUUGGACUCACGGCCUGGCAAGGAGGCUGCGGUGUCAUGACCUUGGACACCUAUGCGUGUGUGUAUAUAGGAAGGCACAGCACAACUACUUCAAAGCAGGUCGUUUCCAGCAAAGAUACAUGUGCGUUAUUACUAGUGAAGUUCAGUAGUGAAGUUCAGUUAAGACACAGAUUCGUUAACUACAGCAGUGCAUUAUGUCUUCUUCUUCUUGCUGGCAAUCCAUGUGAGUAUGCUUUCGCAAACUGGAGACAGUUAGUAACACAUGAAGACAUCUGCUGGCAGCAUUUCUUGUUUACCACAAGUUGAUUAUAAAGUUGGUUGGUGAAGGCUUAAAAGUAAAGUGUAAUAAUUUAGGCUACGACACAUGGCUUGCUAAUUUCCUUUCCUGUAUGUUUCAAGAACGUUAAUUAUUGUUUUGUUUUCUCUAAGUUGUGCAGAUAGCCCUCUUUACAGUAUUUCUUGCCGUUAAAAUGUGCAGGUAACCCUUCUCCUAGCAAGUCUGUCUCCUUUCUGCUCCAGGCAUAGUGGAGAGCCAAAUGUGCAGCAUCAUUAUGGUUCUCUGCUGGACAUAUAAAGUUGCAUUAUAGGUAGGGUCACUUAUGAGCACAAUAUGCAGCUGGGAACUUCCAGUAGGAGCGAAAAAUCAGGGCCACAAUAUAGUAGCGACGCCUUUUCCCGAUGCUAAUGCCUUUCAGCAUGUCGUGUUUGUGAGUGGCCAUGUUUGACGCUCCACGCAGGGCAUGUCUUAACUACUCAUGAACGCGAAAAGUGCCGAAAGGAAUUAGCAUCGAAAAAGGCAUCGCUACAAAAUUGCAGCCCCGAAGUAAUGAGUAAUCUCCUGGAUGCUGGUCCUGCUUUGAAGUAGUGUUGCAUACUAUUAAGUUAUUUACCUGGGGGCCACUGCAACAAGGAAGUUGAAGCAGUGUUUUGGACGCUUCAAUACUGUGUGAUACAGCUCUAAGCCGUCUCAUUUCGCAAGCAAUGCAAAGAGCAUGCUUAGACUGACCACACCGAGCUUGUCACAAUUGCAAGGCACAAGAAGCCUCGUGUUACAUAGCAACUAUCAGAUGUGUAUUAUAUUUUUGCACUUAUAUUGAAGCACAUGUAUAAAGGAUUUGUACAGAAAUGAAGCCCCAACGGUGCCUGAGCCAUCAUCAUUUUUGACUAGCAUUAUAUAAAAGCACACAUACAAAGGUAAUGUACAGAAAUAAAGCUCCAAUGGUGCUCUUGCACCACUUUUGACCAGCA